AUGGUGACAUCUAAACGAUCAAGACCUCGCCGAUCACAUGCGCUGGGAGGGUGCAGCACCUGCAGACGCCGGCAUGUGAAAUGCGAUCAAAAACGGCCCGUUUGUCGUACUUGCCGGGCCUUAGGCGUGAAAUGCGAGGGAUAUUCCGAUCAGGUCUCAUGGAUGCGCACUGAUGGUGGUGAGGAGGCUGAAAGUACUCGUGCGACUCGCCGGUAUCUUUAUACAGAGCAAUCCAGACUUUCUAUGAGCACUGCGCUUGGAUCUGAUCUUAUAUCAGGCUCUAUUGAUGCAUCACUGGCAGAGGUUGACUCAAGACUGCGAGACCCUGAACGGUCCCUCGAUGGUGAUAUUGUCAUUGGACCGUUUGCGGUUCUCGAUUUCUCUUCAGCGCCACGGAAGCCAGAGCAAGAAUUAGUGCACGAGAUUGCGCCCGUCAAGUCUAAUGAUAUGAGUUCUGCAGUUGAGGCCGACGAGACUGUGGAUCCUGAGAGACUGCACGAGCAUGGUCCCUCUCCAAUACUUGAUUCCCUGUCUCAUAUUGAUGACUUCCUCCGUUGGUCCGACCUAUUGAGCUUUGGCCUAGACCAGACGGAGUUUGCAACAAACGGUGCUUUGAGUAUGCCGAAUGAUUUCUCAUUUGAUAUGAGCCAAGAGAUGGGGUUGCUACCCGUUGACUCAAAUCACAACGAUGAUCUACUGCAAAAUUUCACAACACAACAGGCACCGGCAGAGCUUAUUUCUGCUGAUAUAGAUGCACUGAAAGAUGCCCCAUUCUUACUCAAACAUUUCCAGGAUAUUGUGAUCCCACACAUAAUGGCCAUUCCCUGUCGACAGAAGUCGCCCUGGAAGAUUUUGAACGUGCCGGCGGCGGUGGUUACAUACAGUGACUCGACCUUUCUUGGGACAGAAAGGGUCAGUCAUGCCAAACUUGCAAAUUUGUAUGGCUUGCUCGCCUGUUCUGCUAUUCAUCUUGUUUUGAACCCCUCGACAAUAUCGACAAAGCCGCCUGAGUAUUGGUGGAAGGUUGCCAAUCAGGCAUACAUGCAAGCUAAAGAUCAUAUGCAAACGUCUUUGCAUUCAGAAACACAGGGUUUAAAGAGAGCAAAAUAUAAAGACCAGCUGAUGGCUGCAUGCAUUCUCAUACAGUACACGAUUAUGUCUGGCCAACAACAACACGCCCGAUGUUUUAUGCUUGACGCAGAGCGGCUAUUACGUCUUCGGGGACUUUCAAAGACCCGAAUUUCGAAAAAGGCACGGCUUUUGCAUCACGUCUACACCUGGCUAAGAAUAGUCAGCGAGAGCACAUUUGUUCUACAUGAUUACAACCUCUCUUCCUCCUCCUUUGAAGCACUUGGUUCUCGAUUUCAAUCACAAUACACACCAAACUCGGAAGAAAUGGGGAACCCUGAGCCAAACCCUCGGCUGGACGAUUUCCUCCGCCUCGAAACACAAAACUCAGAUAGCGAUCUGAAUAUCGAUGAACCCAAGGACCAAACUUCGGGACUUCACGACAUCCACCUCCAGGACUCACGAAGUUAUCCUGAAACUUUAUACAAGCAAAUAUAUGGCAUCCCAGAAACCUGGCUUAGCCUUGUCUCGCAAACAACGAGACUAGCCAACGUUUUGGAGAUAUUCCGUAUUGCCCGUGAGGCCGGCCAGACCAUGAACCUCGAAGCAUGGGGAACACUACAGCGACGUAGCACACGCCUGGAAAACAUGAUCUGUUCUUUCAGUCUAGGCCGAACAAGAGCCGGAGUCCUGGAGCUCCACGCCGAUUCAAAAACGCACGGUCAUAUGGUGGAGGCAUUGAAUGCAGCUCUAGUAAUUUUCUUCUACAAACGAAUUCGACAGACCCACCCUGCUGCUUUGCAGGGUCAUGUUGAUAGUGUUAUUACAGCGCUUCAGGCGUGCAGUGCGACAUUGACCGAAGAUGAUCCCAGCGGACCCGGAACGGCGUGGCCGUUGUUUAUUGCGGGAUGUGAGGCAUUGUCAACCGCAAGACGAGAGGCGAUCAUGAGCAUGUUGGAUAGGGCGACCUCAGUAUGCGGAUUUGCCGCUUUUGGAACGGCCAGAAAUAUUAUCACCGAAGUCUGGCGCAAGCAGGAUGAGCAUCUGACUGCGAACCGGGGUGAAUCGAUGCCAUCGUGGGUUGAUACUGUGAAGCAAGGACAGAUAUGGCCUUUAUUUUGCUGA